AGGCGCCAACGGGCCGGGUGGCGCCGCGGGAGGUUCUGGAAACGCCGGGAGCGGCGCGCGUCCAGACACUGACCAGUGUGACCAUGAAACCUCAAGUGUCCAUGUUGCUGCUGAUCUGGUUUGAUGUCCUGGGCUGUGCAUGGGCCGAAUUUUUCACCUCCAUUGGGCACAUGACAGACCUGAUUUAUGCAGAGAAGGAUCUGGUGAAGUCUCUGAAAGAGUACAUCCUUAUGGAGGAAGCCAAGCUCUCCAAGAUUAAGAGUUGGGCCAACAGAAUGGAAGCGCUGACCAGCAGAUCAGCUGCUGAUCCCGAGGGCUACCUGGCCCACCCUGUGAAUGCUUACAAACUAGUGAAGCGACUGAACACAGACUGGCCUGCACUGGAGGACCUUGUCCUGCAGGACUCGGCUGCAGGUUUCAUUGCCAACUUCUCAGUGCAGCGGCAGUUCUUCCCCACUGACGAGGAUGAGAUGGGAGCCGCCAAGGCCUUGAUGAGGCUUCAGGACACAUAUAAACUGGACGCAGAAACAAUUUCCAAAGGGGAACUUCCAGGAACCAAGUACCAGGCAACCCUGAGCGUGGACGAUUGCUUUGGGAUGGGCCGCAUGGCCUACAAUGAAGGGGACUAUUACCACACAGUGCUGUGGAUGGAGCAAGUGCUGAAGCAGCUGGACGCUGGGGAGGAGGCCACCACAGCCAAGGCCCAAGUGCUGGACUACCUUAGUUAUGCCGUCUUCCAGCUGGGUGACCUGCACCGGGCUCUGGAGCUCACCCGCCGCCUGCUUUCCCUUGACCCGAGCCAUGAACGAGCUGGAGGGAAUCUGCGGUACUUUGAACAUUUGUUGGAGGAAGAGAGAGAAAAAAUGUUAUCCAAUCAGACUGCGGAGGGUGUGCUGGCAACCCAGGAAGGCAUCUAUGAGAGACCCAUGGACUACCUGCCGGAGAGGGAUGUCUAUGAGAGCCUCUGCCGUGGGGAGGGGGUCAAACUGACACCCCGGAGGCAGAAGAGGCUUUUCUGUAGGUAUCACCAUGGCAACAGGACUCCACAGCUACUCAUCGCCCCUUUCAAAGAAGAGGAUGAGUGGGACAGCCCACACAUCGUCAGAUACUACGAUGUCAUGUCUGAUGAGGAAAUUGAGAGGAUCAAGGAGCUUGCGAAGCCCAAACUUGCACGAGCCACUGUUCGAGAUCCCAAGACAGGAGUCCUCACAGUUGCCAGCUAUAGGGUUUCCAAAAGCUCCUGGCUGGAGGAGGACGAUGACCCCGUAGUGGCCCAAGUGAAUCGUCGAAUGCAGCACAUCACAGGACUGACAGUAAAGACGGCAGAAUUGUUGCAGGUUGCUAACUAUGGAAUGGGAGGACAGUACGAGCCACACUUUGACUUUUCCAGGCGACCUUUUGACAGCGGCCUCAAAACGGAGGGGAAUAGGUUAGCAACGUUUCUUAACUAUAUGAGUGAUGUAGAAGCUGGAGGGGCCACUGUCUUUCCUGACCUGGGUGCUGCAAUUUGGCCUAAGAAGGGCACAGCCGUGUUCUGGUACAACCUCCUGCGGAGCGGAGAGGGCGACUACCGAACGAGACACGCAGCCUGCCCUGUGCUCGUGGGCUGCAAGUGGGUCUCCAAUAAGUGGUUCCAUGAACGAGGACAGGAGUUCUUAAGGCCUUGUGGAUCAACAGAAGUUGACUGACAGCCUUUUCUGCUCUUCCCCUUGCCGGGCCCACAGCUCGUGCUGUCUUCAAGUUUAGCCUGACCUUUGUAUGUUCAAGCUUAAGUCAGAUGGAUCUUUGGUGGAGUGAAUAUUUGUCCAACACCAAGGCAGAGCAGACCGGGGAGGAUCCUGGGUAACCUGGGUCGGUACUGACCCAGCUACCCUCUCUGGUCAGCCCGUGCCAUCGCUGGUCCCGAAGGGCAGAGUCAAGAGUGGCUGCCGCAGCAUCAGGCUGUCUAGCACCUAGCAAGGUGCCUUUGUACCUCAGAUGUUUUAGGUGUGAGAUGUUCCAGUGAACCAAAGUUCUGAUACCUUGUUUACAUAUUCGUUUUUAUGAGAUUUUUAUCAAUUGUGGCUUUAACCAAAAAAAAUAAAAUGUCCCUGCCAAAAGCCUUAAAAA